AUGUCAUUGAACCAUGUGACUGCCAAUCGCCUUUUAACAUUUAUUAACGGAGUUGAUGUUAUCAAUUUCAUUGAAGCAAUGAAUAUCAGCAAAGUAUUGUGCUCACUUGCGCCAACUUCGGAUCGUGCUUUUCGUGAGUCAAUAAAACGACUUUCUGGACAUAAAAGAAUCCUGAUAGAUCGGACAAAUUUUAACCGCUAUGAAGGCGAUUACGAUUUUGAUGAAAACAAGUUGGUGCUGGUCUCGAAACGAUAUUCUGAUGUUGCGCAACCUGAAUUUCGCUUAUUUAUACAUCCAUGUUUCAGUAUUGAUGCUUUUCGACAACUGGCCAAGUUUUAUAACGCUGCACUUUUCAAAUGUUUUGUUCGUCUGUUGCCACUGAACACCAAGCAAUAUUGCGCUGAUUUUGGUCUUGUUAGUUUUAUAUCUUUCAAUCGAACGAUAUCCUUAGGUCGAAUGUUGAAUGAGCAUGAGAAAAAAUUGUUUACACAUAACAAGUAUUUUGAAACAUUGGAGAACCAAAAACGACAAACGUUAUUGACAUUUGUAAAUACUGUAGACGAGUUUCGAUACAAUCUGGCUGUUCGCUUCCUAUCAGAUACUUGGUUAUCAGCAAUUGAUUUCUCAAAAUUAGUUAUUAUCGGAGGAAGCGUUUUAAAUGCGUUAUGUACUCUGCCUUUUCCCGACACACAGGAGCAAGAUAUUAAUUUGAUUUACUUCUCUGGAGAUUGGUCGAAUUUCGAAGAAACUGUUUUGAGUACAGCAGCAAAGCUCAAAGAAAUCAAUCAAAAUAAGUUCACAGUCGAUAUUGAAGUUAAAAAAAAUUUGGGAUCAUGUUCUUACGAUUUGUACUUACCUCAUGGUGUUAAGCUAAACUUAAAAUUUAGUCCUGCUAAUAACUCUAACUAUCCCAUGUCGCAUAUACUGUACGAGUUGGACAUAGAUAUUUGCCAAGUAGCGUAUAAUGGUUUGUUUCUAUUACAUACGUAUUAA